AUGGACGUCACGCCGUUCCACCGAUCUAUCCUCGAGGUCCGGUUGCCGAAACACUUCGACAAACCAACGGACAUGAGAUACGACGGGACUCAAGACCCUCUGGAACACCUCACGGCCUUUGAGGCCAGGAUGAAUCUGGAGGGAGUGGGGGACGAAGUGAGAAGCCGCGCCUUCCCGGUAACAUUAGCAGGGCCAGCGAUCAGAUGGUUUAACGGCCUCCCGCAAGGUUCCAUCUACAGUUUUUCAGACAUCAGUCGUGCAUUCCUGGCCCAAUUUACAACGCGGAUCGCGAAGGCUAAGCACCCUAUCAACCUUCUAGGGGUAACCCAGAGACAAGGAGAGCCGACAAGGAAGUACUUAGAUCGGUUCAACGACGAAUGCUUGGAAAUUGACGGCUUAACCGACUCGGUGGCCAGUCUUUGCCUAACAAACGGCCUCCUCAACGAGAACUUCCGAAAACACCUUACCACGAAACCGGUCUGGACGAUGCAUGAAAUCCAAACAGUGGCCAAGGAGUAUAUAAACGACGAGGAAGUCAGCCGAUUCGUGGCUGCCAAUAAGCGGCAGUCCGGUUAA